AUGAUGACAAUGAUCUUUGCAGUGGAGGAAAUUAACCGGAACCCAGCUCUGCUCCCUGGCGUUACGCUUGGCUACCACAUUAUGGACAGCUGUGAUCACAUCCACACCAGCCUCAGAGCUCUUUUGUCUUUACUCACUCACAGUACGAAAGGGCAAAACACAUUGGAUUCAGGAAGGUGUCUUACUGGAUCUCCAAUCACGGCUGUGGUUGGCCUUGCCUCUUCAUCCCCUACUGGUGCUAUAGCACACAUUCUGGGCCCCUUCAGCAUCCCCCUGGUUAGUUAUUUUGCCACCUGUGCCUGUCUCACUGACAAGCACACCUACCCAUCUUUCCUGCGCACAGUGCCCAGUGAUCUGUUUCAAGUCAGGGGUCUGGUUGAGCUUGUUAAAUUCUUUGGAUGGAACUGGGUGGGCACUGUAGGGACCCUGGAUGACUACAGUCGUUAUGGAAUCCAAGCAUUCUCUAAUCAGUUCAUACAACUGGGAGGCUGCCUUGCAUACCAUCUUACUAUCCCACAAUCCCCUACCUUGGGUGAGAUUGGAGCAAUGGCCGACACCCUCCAAAGCUCAAAUGCUAAAGUGGUGGUGGUCUUUGCUUCGGAGGUGCAGCUUCAAGAGCUGUUCUCAGAGUUUCACCUCCUCCUGCAAGGCACACUGGGCUUCUCCUUCCCAGGAGUUUACAUACCUGGUCUGAGAGAGUUUUUGCUGAAGGUGCGGCCUAAGGCAGAGCCUGGUUUUGAGUUUCACAACAUGCUAUGGGAGGAAGUGUUCGACUGUAGGUUGGAGACGGCGUUUAAGUUUUCAGCCCAGGAAAACACUACAGAUUCACCUGAGAGGCCUGUGUGCACCGGCUCAGAGGAUCUCAGCAAUUUGCAAAGCAGUUACACAGAGCUGUCCAAAGUCAGAAUAUCCUAUAACGUUUAUAAGGCUGUGUAUGCCAUCGCCCAUGCACUGCACGAUUUACUUGAAUGUGGUUAUGUUGGAGCCACCACCGCUGAAGCUGGGUGUAAGAAAAAUGCAUCAACUUUUUUUUUUAUAAUGCAGCUAUUGAGCUACCUAAAGAGGGUUAAUUUCACCAACCAGUUUGGUGAAAAAGUACAUUUUGAUGAAAAUGGAGAGCCUGUGCCCCUAUAUGACAUUAUCAACCGGCAGAAGGAUAGCAAGGGAAAGAUUAGAUUUGUUAAGGUAGGAAGCUAUGAUGGUUCGGUUCCAAUUCGUCAGCAGCUGCAGCUGAAUCAGAGUAAAAUUGUAUGGACAGGAGGCCUAUCACAGGUUCCCGUGUCUCUUUGCACUGAUCCCUGCCCGCCUGGAAGCAGGCAGGCUAGACGCCCAGGAGAACCUCAGUGUUGCUUUGACUGCUUACCAUGUGCAGAAGGAGAGAUAAGCAACCAAACUGAUUCUACAGAGUGUACAAAAUGUCCAGAGUACUACUGGUCUGACAAGAGAAAGGUGGAGUGUGUGGCCGGAGUGGACGACUUCCUGUCCGUGUACGACACCAUGGGCAUCAUCCUGAUCACGCUCACCCUGCUGGGGGUCGUCAUGACAACCGUCAUCACUACUGUCUUCCAUCACUUCCGUGCCACGCCCAUCGUCAGGGCAAACAACUCUGAGAUCAGCUUCCUGUUGCUGGUGUCACUAAAGCUGUGUUUCCUUUGCUCCCUUCCCUUCAUCGGCAAGCCGUCCACAUGGACGUGUAGACUGCGCCAGGCCGCUUUCGGUGUCAGUUUUGUUUUAUGUCUCUCCUGUCUAUUGGUCAAGACUAUUGUGGUUCUGCUGGCCUUCCGGUCCACUGGGCCAGGUUCUGGUGCUAUGAAGCUCUUUGGCCCCGCCCAACAAAGGACUCUCAUCUUGUGCACUACUGCACCUCAGGUUUGUCUCUGUGCUGGUUGGCUCUCAGCAGCACCCCCAUUCCCAUUCAGGAAUCCAAUGUACCAAGCCUCAACUGGAAAGAUCGUGGUGGAGUGCAGGGAGCUGUGGCCUGCUGGGUUCUACCUGGUGCUGGGCUACAUCGGCCUGCUGGCGUCCCUCUGCCUGCUCCUCGCCUACCUUGGCCGCAAGCUGCCCGACACCUUCAACGAGGCCAAACUCAUCACCUUCAGCAUGAUCAUCUUCUGUGCUGUGUGGCUCUCGUUCAUCCCGGCUCACGUCAGCUCCCCGGGGAAAUUCACUGUGGCCGUUGAGAUAUUUGCCAUCUUGGCCUCCAGUUUUGGGUUGUUGUUCUGUAUAUUUGUGCCUAAAUGUUUUAUAAUUUUAGUGAGACCUGAGAACAAUGUCAAGAAGCGAAUGAUUAAAUCUCCCCGAUAA